GCAGAGUGGUCGUUAUUACAAGCAAGAGUAAUCACUCCAUCUACGAACGUCAGCAUAUACAUACCUGAAAAAUUGUGUGUUGACCCUCCAUUGUACAAACUGAGGAGCGCGCUCGUGGCACGGUGUAAAUUCCCAUGGAUCCCCAGAACAACAAAGCAUGGCCACCUGCUGGCUUCCACAGGAGGGGUUCCAACCCCCAUGCAGAGGAGGUGCUGCUACCAUCCACAUCUCACUGUACGGCAAACACCCAGACGGACUACCGGGACAGCGAGGUGCAGACAGAACCCUACAACCCCAGCUUUGUGGUUUGUCCCGGGUCCCCCCCUGAGAUCCUAACCUUGGCAACGCUGACAUUGGGUCAUGGCCUCCUGAUUGGACUGCGAGAAGUGGAGAGGGUGGAGUGGGUGAGGAGGCAGAGGGCCCAGGAGGCCACAUUGCCACCCUAUGAUGACCUCACUCAAGUUGCCCGGAGAGAAAGGAUGAUGAAGGAGAUGGAGCGGGAGAAGUGGGCCUUUAGAGAGAAGGAGAUACAGAAGCUACACGAUUUCCGCUUAGACCAGCUGAUCAAGCACUUGUGGCAGAGAGAGGAGAGGAUACAGGAGGUCACCAUGAAGCGCCUCGACAAGCGCUUCUCCCAGCGCCAGCGUGACCGGGACAGAGAGAUUGAGAAAAUGCGCAGAGAUUACCUGGCCUCUAUCAGGAGACUGACAGAGUACCAGAGAAAUGCGGGAGGGAAGGUGGACACACGUGACACCGUUAAGGUGUACGCUAAACACACACUGCGGACGUGCGACCCUUGCUUGCAGGAAGGCCAGUCCUCUGAUCUGGCUUCCAGGAUUAAUGAGGUGAAGACCAAGUACCUCAGCACUUAUGAAGACCUCCUGCAGCUGGAGGCUAGUCUACCAUCUUCAGUCACAGAGCCUCUCAUUGAAGCCCCCCGACCAAAGGACUUUAAAGGGUUCAUCAAGCGUGCCGAUCGUCAUGAGAUGAAGCUGAUGCAGGCUCACCAGGAACUAAAGGGUGCAGAGAUGUUUGAGGAGAAGCCACUCCGAUUUCUCAUUGAUCUGGAGAAACCACGUCCCCCAACUCCAGUAACUGACGCACCUCCUGAGGGGGAUGAGGAGAAGCAACUGGCUCUCAUUUUCAUGCAGAAACUGUUGAGAGGAAGAUCCAUUAUGAAUAUGAUGUUCGAGGGGAAGGAGAAGCGUUGGGAGCUGAUCCAGGAGCUGCGCACAACUCACGCACUGCAGAGGGAGGAGCAGGAGAAGCAGAAGGUGCAGAGACAGGUUACACUGGACCUGCAGAAACAGAGAGAGCUGCACAACCACAUGGUGUCAAUGCGGGAAAGUUACCUUCAGGGCCUGGCAGGCAGGGUUGUGGUGGACACAUUGGACUUUGUGUAA